UAGAAAGUAGCUUCGUUCGUGUGUAGGGGUUGGUCGUUGUUGUUUCAAGUAUUUCACUAAGUUUUGGUUAUUCUUUUUUACGUUAUUGGUGAGGUUUAUGAUAAAUCGCAUUUUAUCAUGAACUAUUACUGUGGUUAUUGGUAUUUAUAACUGGGAGUUGAAAGAUAUGAAGAAAUCGGGAAAAACAAGAACUUCAGAAAGUAAUAUUGCCGCAGAAAGACUUGCAGAUUAUAAGAGAACAGGGAACUUAUCAAAUCCUAACGAAGCUUCUUCUGGACCCAAUGAUCUUUUAGAUUUUGAAGCUGGAAUGAAUUCAGGAGCUACUGAUAUGCCUGAUGUUAGUGAUCAAGCUUGUUCUAAUCUUGGACUGCCCAAAGAAUCAAGGGAAAGUAUGAAAGAAAAAAAGGUUUCUUCAGGAUCUUUAGCUCCAGGAGAUAGUGUUAGAAAAGUAGUUACAGUUAAACACCCUGAAUCAAACAAACCUAAACCAACUGUUAAAAAGAACAAACCAAUUCAAGCUGACUUAGAUAUUGCUAAAGAGUUCGUUCGAUGUCGAGAGGAAGGUGUUACAAGAUUAGAUUUAAGCAAGUCCAGUAUAACUCACCUUCCUCAAAGCGUUAGAGAUAUAACACAUUUGGUAGAAUUUUAUUUAUAUGGUAACAAAUUGACAUCACUUCCUUCAGAAAUUGGAUGUCUUGUGAAUUUACAAACUCUGGCAUUAAGUGAAAAUUCUCUUGGGAGCUUACCUGAGUCUCUAGCAAUGCUGAAGUGCUUGAAAGUAUUGGAUUUAAGACAUAAUAAGCUUAACGAAAUUCCUGAUGUUGUUUAUAGGCUUACAUCUUUGACUACUCUUUUUCUCCGUUUCAAUAGAAUAAAGGUUGUUGAUGAUGAAAUUAGGAAUUUAACAAAUCUAACAAUGCUCAGCUUAAGAGAAAAUAAGAUUAAAGAAUUACCAUCUGGUAUAGGGAAGUUAGUGAAUUUAACUACUUUUGAUAUAUCACAUAAUCAUUUAGAACACUUACCUGAAGAGAUUGGUCAUUGUAUUCAGUUAUCAACAUUAGACCUUCAGCAUAAUGAGCUAUCGGUAAUCCCUGAAUCGAUUGGAAAUUUAAUAAAUUUGACAAGGCUUGGAUUGAGAUACAAUAAAUUACAUUCAAUUCCGCAGUCAUUGAGCAAUUGUGGACAAAUGGAUGAGUUUAAUGUGGAAGGUAAUAAUCUUUCACAAUUGCCAGAUGGCUUGCUGUCAAGCUUGUUGGAACUUACAAGUAUAACACUGUCCAGGAAUUGUUUUACUUCUUACCCCUCUGGUGGUCCACAUCAAUUUACGACUGUGUAUUCUCUUAAUUUAGAGCAUAAUGAUAUUGACAAAAUCCCCUAUGGAAUUUUCUCUAGGGCCAAAAAUCUGACUAAAUUGAAUAUGAAAGAAAACAUAUUGACUUCCCUACCUCUUGAUUUAGGUACUUGGGGUAAUAUGGUUGAACUUAAUCUAGGAACUAACCAGUUAACCAAAAUUCCAGAUGAUAUUCAAUAUCUUGUGAACCUGGAAGUCUUGAUACUCUCUAAUAACUUGUUAAGAAGAAUACCAAACACCAUUGUUAGUCUUAAGAAGCUACGAGUUCUUGAUUUGGAAGAAAAUAAGAUUGAUCAGUUACCUGCAGAAAUUGGCUACUUAAGAGAUUUGCAAAAACUUGUUCUUCAGUCAAAUCAAAUCCAAACUUUGCCUAGAGCAAUUGGCAACCUUUCAAAUCUGUUAUAUCUUGGAGUUGGUGAAAAUAAUUUGGUCCAUCUUCCUGAAGAAAUAGGAACUCUAGAGAGUUUAGAGUCGCUCUACAUUAAUGAUAAUCCUAAUCUUCACAAUUUGCCAUUUGAACUAGCCUUAUGUUCUAAUCUUCAAAUUAUGAGCAUUGAUAAUUGUCCUUUGUCUCAAAUCCCGCCGGAAAUAGUUGCCAAUGGACCAUCUCUUGUUAUUAAAUAUCUGAAGAUGCAAGGCCCUUAUAGAGCAAUGUGAAAUUGAAUACUAUUUCUAUAUUGGUAUAUUUUAAUGCAACAAUUUGUUGCCAACUUAAUUUUAACUGUUCAUAUUAUUACGUCUCCAUACAGAAUAAUGUGCCAUUUUGUUUAAUAUUUUAUUAGGACAUAAAUUUAUGUAGGCCAAAUCAUUUCCAAUGUUGGCUUGAAUCUCCGUGUAUAUAAUGUGGAAGUAUUCCUAUUGUAUUCUAACAAUGAAUUUCGUCCAAGUUGAAAAGGAAAUUGGUUGGCAUACAUCUCUUUAGGACAAACAAGUUUGUAAUAUGCUUCAGCCUGUGAUAUUAUAUAAUUGCUUCUAAAAGCACAAUAUUGCAGUUCAAGCCUUUUCCCAGCUUCAGCUAAUAUUGAAUUGGCUUUAUACCAUGCUGCAAUUUGAUUUGGAUGGAUAGAUUUUAUACAUUUUCUGGGUUUCAAAACCAGUUGGAGUUAUAUGAAUAUUUAAGAUAAACACAAAAUGUUUUGAAGAUUUUAUGUCUGAAACAUAUGGAGUUCUCAAAAAUGCUGUAUUACUAGAUUACAAUAUUCAUUAAAAGGCCCUCAUGAAUCUAGUCCAUUUAUUACGUCAUCUCAUAAGUUGAAGUUAAUAGGAUUUUAAUAUGUCACCAUAAAUAAAUAAAUCAUGAAAUAUCAAAUUGUUGGCUAAUAUUAAUGGGUUGGAACUAAUUGUUUAUUUUUUAUAACUAAAUUAAAUCAAUUUGAUUAAAGUUGGUGAAAAUAAACUGUAUUUGAAGUUGUUGAUUGUAAUAUUUCUAAGUGUUGUUAGUUUUGUAUUUCCGGUAGUU